GAUUUUGGGCCCCAUGAAAAGAAUCUUUACAGGGCCCCCAACACAGCGGCAACAUUUUUUGAUGCUAUUUUACAUACAAUUAUGCAUUUUAAUGGUAUUUUUGACUAUCAUUACCAUAUUUGUGAAAGAAGAACAGCAUGACAGUUGACAUGUACAGUAGGGGAAGAACUGAGCACUCUGAAUACAAUGGAAUUCAUUUUGAGUCAUUUAUUUGCUGCACCACUGAUUCUUAAAUUGGAAAUAAACUCUUCCAUGAAAAAAUAGCAAUUAUAAUCAGUGGAGAGAAAAAAAUCUCAGCAAAAACAAAAACGCCAUCAGAAUACAAAAUGGCCAUAUAUGAUUUCUCAUCAUUUAAGUAGAACUUAAUAUAUGAAAGAAUGGCAAAUAUAUAUAUAAUAUAACGUUGCCGACUGAGUCAAGCUUCCUUUUGCAACCUUUCAAUCACAAUAUAAAACAUGUGUGAUUAUAUGUUAGUUAAUAACUUAGUGUCAUUAUUUUUUCUGUAUUAUAAUUUCAUCAUCAUUAGGGGCCUCUCUGGGCCCCCCUCCAUCAUGGGCCCCUAGAAUCCGUCUCCUUUACCCCCCCUUUUCGGCGCCCCUGGUGGGGGGUAAAGAGUUGUGCUCAGGAGUUGGUGAAGUGGUCGAUCAGCUGGUUUCUGCUGCCCUCAAGUGGCCAGAAAACCAGUGAUUGUGGAAAUAGAAAAAUAUUUUCAAGGCCUACAAAAAACUGCCAUCUGGCUUGGAGGUCAUUAUUACUGACUCAUGAAUGUCGAGCUGUACAAGGAGACACAGAAGUUUGGGGGUAAGGAUCAUAUUUCAAUGAUCCCAAAACAAGUCCGCUGGUUCAUUAAGUUUUGUCACUUAAAAUAAAAUAAAAUAAACAGGGAAGAUGAGUCGAGAAAUGUAUUUGGGGAAAAAAGGACAAAAGUAGUGCCAUUUACAAAAACAGACGGCCCUGGUGGUUUUGAGUAAAUCACCUCCUUGAAAUCACUGCGCCGCGUCUUACAUCUCUCCACCCAUCUGCGUGUCAGCCCUGCGCUGCAACCGAGCUCUACUUCAUACGGCUAUUUUUAUUAUUGUUGUCAUUGGUAAACACCGCACAUCUGCCUGCCCAGGUCGGCUUCCCAUUGGUUCAGCGGGGUGUCCGUCACGGCACUUCCGUCCGUUUGGCCGGUUCUGAUUGGCCGACGUGCCUCUCUUCUUCCUCUUCUUCGCGGCGGUGGGUCGGAGCCGCUGUGUCCCCGGUCUGUGUCCCCGGUCUGGCACGUUCCUAGCCAAAUUCUCCACGGUGUAAAAUUUGAUCCCCCCUUUUUCCCCCCCCACAAAACCAAAAAUAUCCCCGCGUUCAAUUCCCUGUAACCGCUAAUACGUUUAUCCGCUACAGACACGUCUGAAGAUGGCGGUGGUAAGCGGCGGGGUGUCGGGGUCGGCGGUAGCCCGGCUGGAGGGCCGAGAAUUCGAGUAUCUGAUGAAGAAAAGGUCGGUGACCAUCGGCAGGAACUCCUCGCAGGGCUCGGUGGACGUCAGCAUGGGACACUCCAGCUUCAUCUCCCGGCGGCACCUCGAGAUCUUCACCGCGGGGGAAGACGGCGCCGGCCCCGGGGACUUCUACCUCCGCUGCCUCGGGAAGAACGGGGUGUUCGUAGACGGGGUGUUCCAGAGGAGAGGGGCGCCGCCGCUCCAGCUCCCACGAACGUGUUGUUUCCGGUUCCCCAGCACAAGUAUAAAGAUCACGUUCACAGCCCUGUCCAUUGACAAGAAGGAGCCAAGGAACGUGCCGGAAUCACCGGUCAAGCCCGUCCAACCCCAAAUUUCCCCUCUGACCAUCAACAUUCCUGACAACAUAGCCCACCUCAUGAGCCCACUGCCUUCACCUACUGGCACCAUCAGUGCGGCAAACUCCUGUCCGUCAAGUCCGCGGGGGGCGGGAUUCUCCAGCUACAGGACAGGCCGCGUCCUGGCCUCUGACCUAAUAGGAGACAACUCGCACUCAGAAAACGACAAAGAAGCCUCAGGUGAAGACAGCCCAAAGGAUGACUCCAAACCUCCGUACUCGUAUGCACAACUAAUAGUCCAAGCUAUCACCAUGGCCCCGGAUAAACAGCUAACGCUGAAUGGAAUAUACACCCAUAUCACCAAGAACUACCCCUACUACAGAACAGCUGAUAAAGGCUGGCAGAACUCCAUCCGCCACAACCUGUCCCUGAACCGCUAUUUCAUCAAAGUGGCCCGCUCUCAGGAGGAGCCGGGCAAAGGCUCCUUCUGGAGGAUCGACCCCUCCUCUGAGGGCAAACUGAUAGAACAGGCCUUCAGGAAGCGCCGGCCGAGGGGAGUGCCCUGCUUCAGGACCCCCUUGGGUCCUCUCUCCUCCAGGAGCGCUCCAGCUUCUCCCAGCCACACAGGGGCACUGUCUGCCCACUCCAGCGGGGUCCAGACUCCAGACAGCCUGUCCAGAGAAGGGUCCCCUGUCCCCAUGGAGUCAGAGCCAACCCCACCGCCAGCCCCCACCCAAACCACUACAGUCCAGCCCAAGCUCGCUGUCAUCCAAGAGGCCCGCUUCGCACAGACCUCCAAUGGCUCCACUCUCAACAGCCAGCCGGUUUUGAUUGCUGUACAGCGCCAGAUGCCUCAAACGACCAUGAAGCCUGUGACCUACACCAUGGCGUCGCCAGCCAUCGUAACCACGUCGGUUAACUCUGCCCCCGUCAUGCAGACGGUGCACGUCGUCCACCAGAUCCCGGCCGUCGCCGUGGCAACUGUCGGCAGUCAGGCAGCUGCCAAAGUGAGCCCCGAACCUCAGGUGAACGGAGGCGGAGAGCACCGAGAGAUCAAACUCAAAGUGGAGUCGGUCCCAUCCAUCACAGCCACGUCGAUAGGCGGAGUCAGCCGCAUCAUCCAGAGCUCCCAGGCUGCCCCGCUGACGACGGUAACCAUCGUGCAACAAGCCCCGCUGGGUCAGCACCAGCUCCCUAUAAAGGCCAUCACGCAAAACGGGACCCAUCUGGUCCCCAUCACUACUGCAGCAAGCACAGCCGUUGCAAACCCUCUUCACCUCCUGGCGGCCCACGCCUCAGCCUCGGCAUCCCUCCCUACCAAGAGGCAGAACGGAGAACUGCAAGACCAGCCCCAAUCAAAGAGGGUGAAGGCAGUGGAGGCAGUGGAGGGUGGAGCAGCAGCAGCAGCAGUAGGGGCCGCCAACAACAUCAACAACAUCACCACCAACAACAAAAACGGCACCACGGACAGAGCCGGAGAAGCGGGGGUCAGUGAACAGAUCGGUGACAAGUAGCCUCCCCCCCACACACCGGUCUGUAUCCUGACCCCUAACUCUCCUCUACACAUUGAACCUCACACCUCCCACACUCACCCCUCCAUCAUCUACUCCAAGGUGCCAAAAAAACAACCCAGACGAGUCUUGGAAACGUCCGCGGGACUACAGAAUGUUCUAAACUCCCCCCACCCAAUCCUCUUCCAUAUAUUUAAGAACCACGUAAUACAGUACGAUGCAAAAACUAAAGACCAAAUUUGAAAAUCAAAGAGUUGCUGAUGAAGCUUAAAACCCAGACGGCCAAGAAGAAGCACAGGGAGAAAUUUUCACAAAUCCAAGAUUUCCAGAUCAAAAAAAAAAAAAAAAAAAAUAGAAAAAAAAAAAAAAAAAAAGACUUUAAAAGGACAAGCGAGGAGUCCUGAAACUUCCCCCACAGACGGAAAGGAGCCUCAUCCUGGUAGCAUUACAAACAAGCGCUUUACUGUGUGUCGGAUAGAGAAAGCGACCGAGCGGAAUCACUGCUAGUGUAUUCCACGAAAGGGAAGUGUGUGUAACGUGUGGACAUUCCCGUCUCCGGCAGCUAGCCUCCAUGUCGACCUACCUAACCCAGUCGUGAGUAGAUAUGCAGUAUUCCGUUGUACAAGUGUAUCUUUGGAUCUUUUUUGAGUGUUUCUCCGUCUCCCAAGGCACAGAUACUAUCUAGUAAUAAUUAAUUAAAAGCUAUAAGUGGGGUCUUUAAGAACAUUUAAACAUCACAACAUGAUAUUUUGGGAAUCCUUUUUUUUUUUUUUUUUUAUAAAUAUAUAUAUGUGGACUCUUUGUUCAGUGAAAUGAAUGUAGUAAAGAAAACACUAUCUAUGGAGUGGAUGUUCUUUUUUUCUGCUGUUUCAUGCAAAUGAAAUUUCUUUAUCACUGUACAUCUACAGAUUUUUUUUUAUUUCAGAUUUUACAAAUAUCCUAUGAGAUAAAGUAUAUUCCCAUGCGUAUUUGACCAUAUGCUUCAUCAAGCUUGCAUGUUACGGAUCUAGAGACAUUGUACUUGAGCAGAUUAUCUGAAUAUGGAACUAAAGAAAAUUUCGACUGAAUCUACGCUAUGAUUCUGACCAGUGCUGCACUUAACCCUCUUAGUUGUUUUUGUUUUUUUGUAUUCUCAUUUUGUUGUUUAUUCUCCCCCUGUCAUCAUGGGCCGUGUUUGUUACCUUUUGUGUUGAAGUUGGCAACUCUUUGCUUGAUUAUUUUAUUCUGUUAAGGCUACCAAACAAGCCUAUUCAGAAUUUAUUCUAUGUUACACAAGGAAAAACAAGUGAUAGGUGUUCGUUCUGCUUCAGUGGGUAAA